CUUAUUCUUCCCAUUGUGGAAGCAAAAGCAAAUACAUAACGUUAGCAAGAGCAAUUCGCCUGUGUGCACUUUGAAGCUUCUCACGCUACCUUAGCUUGCUAGCUGCUAACAAAGAGACGCAGAAGUUAUCAACACAUUGCUAAGCAGAGAUCAAGUGCGAGUGUAAAGUUUUGUGAUUGUGUGAAAAUGUGUAAAGUACAGUUGCUGAGAGCGUUGUUCAAUCAGCGGCUAACUGAGGCCGUCGAGGAAAUAUUUGGACUGUUCGAAGUGAUGAUAGCAGACUACGAGGGGGAACUUUCUCGAACAAAAGAAGAGAACGAACGACAACGUCAAAAACUGGAGGCUGCUUUCAAGCCUGAAGCAGAAUUCCAAAGAGCAGAAGGCAGUGAAGAAGAUCUUCCCCCUGAGCAGCAGGAGUGGAGCUCCAGGGUGCCCCAGCCCCGCUACAUUAAAGAGGAAAAUGAGGAGACAGAGCCCACCCACAUUAAACAGGAAGAGGAGGAGCCACAGCCCACCCACAGUGAAGUGUGGACUCGGGAGGAGGGUGAUUUCACCAAGUUCCCAGCGGCCUGUGUCAUUGUGAAGAGUGAAGAUGAUGAAUACAAAGGUCAAAGUGAGGAGAAGAGAGAGGUGGAGCCUCCAAGCAGCAGCUCAACUCAACACAUGACAACAGAAGCUGAUGAAGACCACUGUGGAGGAUCACAAGCAGACAACCUCUUAGCUCCACUAUCAGAUAGUGACGACACAACGUCACACUCUCCUGACACUGAUGAUGAAGACUCUAAAGCUGAUAUGACAUGUCACACUGACAACACACACUUGAAAUGCUCUUACUGCGACAAAACUUUUAAUUACCCCAGUAAUCUGAAAAGACACAUGAAAACACACACGGGAGAGAAACCUUUUGCCUGCUCAUUUUGUGGUAAAAGAUUCGCUCACAAGGGAAAUUUGACAACACACACAAGAAUGCACACUGGAGAGAAACCAUAUUCCUGUUCAGUGUGCAACACACGUUUUAGUGACCAGUCAGUACUGAUUCGACACAUGAGAGUUCACACUGGUGAGAAACCUUAUGCCUGCUCAUUGUGCGGUAAAGCUUUCUUUAUAAAGGGCUCUCUGACAGCACACACACAAACACACACUGGAGAGAAAAAUGCUUAAUUGUGGUAAGAACGCCUCUCAAAAGUCACACUUGGGGGAGUAUACGGUGAAAGUGGGUCUGCCAAAAAGACUUUGUGCUCAGGAUGCAGUUCAACAGAACCUAAAUUCUCCAAACAGAAUUGAACGGUACCUCGAUGAUAGUUACCAACUUACUUUGUCAAGUCCGAUUUUCGGCUUUGUGCUAAGUACGCGUUCAAUGAAAGGAUGCUGUUGACGUCAUAUUAUUCUACUUCCGCUGAAAAUGAAGCGAUCCUAGUCAGUGUGUUGUACAAAGAAUGAUUAUGUCAUUAUUAUGGAGCGUUAUGAGCAGUUCUCAAAAGAUCAUGGCUGCUGAAAGCAACACUGUUGCCGCCAACAGAGCGAGGGAGGAUGCACCUUCUGAAUGCGCAAUUUAACACUGAUUAUUAUGCUAACUAUACCCUACUAGUCGUUUCAUUUAUCAACAUGAAACAUUGCACAACUUUGACAUAUUAACACUUAUUCAUUGAAAAAAAAAUUGGAGCAACAACUUUUUUUCAUAUUAUCCAUCCAUCCAUCCUCACGAGGGUCGCGGGGGUAUGCUGGAACCUAUCCCAGCUGACUUCGGGUGAGAGGCGGGGUACACCCUGGACUGGUCGCCAGGCAAUCGCAAAAAUAGGCAAACAACCAUUCACACUCACAUUCAUACUUAUGGACAAUUUAGAGUCGCCAUUAACUUAACGUAUGUUUUUGGAACAUGGGAGGAAAACCACACACGCACAGAGAACAUGCAAACUCCACACAGAAAUGCCCAACAGAGAUUCGAGCUCAAAUCUUCCCGAUCUCCUGACUGUGUGGCCAACAUGCGGCCUUUUUCAUAUUACCGUAUACAGUAUUUGCAAUAAAUAAUUUUCAGGUGCUUUAUCUCGUUACGACCAGUAGAUGGCAGUGUUUUGUGGCGACCUUUGACAUUUUUCCUCGUUACGAUAAAACAAGUGUUUUAUUGCAGUUGAUUGAUGUCUCAGAGUGUUUAUUCCUCCAGCAAAUAUUGUAAUAUAAGAAGACUAAUGGGUUGAGUACUCACGCAAGGACUCCUGUUACAUUUACACAUGCUAACUUUGGCCUAAUUAUUAAUAUUCCACAUUGCAUUUUAUUCCUGGCGCUCGUCUCACAAAGUGAACAUAUCUAGCGUAUUCCCUGAAAAUCUAUCUCGCUUAUGGAUGGAUGAUAUUAUCAGGCAAUGCUCCUUUUUUUCAUUUUUUCCCCCAUGCCCCCUCAGGGACUGUAUUGUUGGUCUUAAUAUAAAGCUCAAU